GAGGUUUUCGCCAAGUUUUCGCUGUUUCCUUCUGACGUCGACGAGAAAUUUGGCGCGAUGCAUUAAUUUACUGAAAUAAUCAUUUCGACUUGUGAAGUGUUAUUACUUUUGUUUAACAGUUCUGAAUACACCCGCUAUCAAAAUGCCUGCGUUCUUGAAGUAUAUCGAUAUGGAAAACUUUAAGUCCUACAAGGGGCAUCACCGCAUAGGACCCCUAAAAUCGUUUACGGCUGUCGUGGGACCCAAUGGUUCAGGUAAAUCUAACUUCAUGGACGCCGUGAGUUUUGUGAUGGGGGAGAAAACGUCUUUGCUGCGUGUAAAGCGUCUUAGCGACUUGAUCCAUGGCGCCUCCAUCAACAAACCUGUGGCGAGAUGUGCAUCAGUCACUGCAACUUUUGUACUAGAAGACACUGAGACUGAGAAACAGUUCCAGAGGUCUGUUAUUGGACAAUCAUCUGAUCACAAGAUUGAUGGACAAUCUGUGCCCACCAGCCAGUACUUAGCGGAGUUGGAGAAACUUGGCAUCAAUGUCAAGGCUAAGAACUUUCUGGUGUUCCAAGGUGCCGUGGAGAGCAUUGCUAUGAAGAACCCCAAGGAGAGAACGGCACUCUUUGAAGAAAUCAGUGGGUCUGGAGUGCUCAAAGAGCAGUAUGAAGCAUGCCGGGCAGAAGUGAACCGAGCUGAUGAGGAAGCCCAGUUCUCAUACCAGAAAAAGAAGGGAGUGGCCGCCGAGAGGAAAGAAGCCAAAUUCGAGAAGGAGGAAGCUGAGAAAUAUACCCGACUGAAAGAGGAGCUGCAACAACAAAAAGUGGAGCUUCAGCUGUUCCAUCUGUACCACAACGAGAAGGACAUCCAGAAUAACGAAGAGGAGCUGCAGCACAAGCAGUCGGAGCUCACAAAGAUAGAGAAGAAGCGGCAGAAAGCCGAGGACGCACUCAAAGAGAAGAAGAAGGAGGCGGGGACGGCGCAGCGCGAGCUCGCCAAGAUCGAGCAGGAUAUACGUGAAGUGGAAGCGGAGGUGUCGAAGAAGCGUCCAACUUUCAUCAAGGCGAAGGAGCGCGUGACGCACACGCAGAAGAAGUUAGAGAGCGCUAUUAAGACGCUGGAGCAGGCGCGUAAAGCGCACGAGGCUCACCAGGCGGACAUCAAAAAACUGGAAGACGAACUACGCGUAGUCGAGGAGGCGAAGGCGGAGUGGGAGGGGUCGACCGGCACCUCAGCGGCGGCGGGCGGGCGGGCGGACGUCCACCUCGAGGAAGCCCAGAUCAGACAGUACGAGGAACUGAAGAUGGAGGCGUCCCGCUCCGCCGCCAGAUACCUGCAGGAGCUGGACAGCGUCAAUCGGGAGCAGAAGGCCGACCAGGACAGGCUGGACAACGAAAUGAGGAAGAAGGGGGAGUUCGAGAAUAAGCAUCGCCAGAAGGGUCACGAACGCAACGAAGCUCUUAAGCGCGUGGAGAAGCUGAACGAGCACAUCAAGAGCUCGGAGCAGGCGCUCGAGGAGCAGCGCCGCCUGCGCGCCGAGCUGCAGGCGGAUGUGGGUUCGUGUCGCGGCCGCGCGGCGGCGCUGCAGGCGGCCCUCGAGGAAGUAGCGGCGCAGCUCGGCGACGCGCGCGUUGACAAGCACGAGGAGGCGCGCCGGCGCAAGAAGCAGGAGAUCGUGGAGAGCUUCAAGCGCGACAUCCCCGGCGUGUACGACCGCAUGAUCAACAUGUGCCAGCCCACGCACAAGCGGUACAACGUCGCUAUCACCAAGGUGCUCGGCAAAUACAUGGAGGCGAUUGUCGUGGAUACAGAGAAGACGGCGCGGCGAUGCAUUCAGGUGUUGAAGGAGCGCAUGCUGGAGCCCGAGACCUUCCUGCCGCUCGACUACAUCCAGGCGAAGCCGCUGCGAGAGAGACUCAGGGACAUAAAAGAGCCGAAGAACGUGAAGCUCCUGUUCGACGUGCUCCGCUUCGAGCCGGCCGCCAUCCACCGCGCCGUGCUGUUCGUCACCAACAACGCGCUCGUCUGCGAGACGCCCGAGGACGCCUCGCGCGUCGCAUACGACCUCGAUCGCAACAAGAACAGCCGAUACGACGCGUUGGCGUUGGACGGCACUUUCUACCAGAAGUCUGGCAUCAUCUCGGGUGGGUCGCUCGACUUGGCUCGCAAGGCCAAGCGCUGGGACGAGAAACACCUCUCGCAGCUCAAGGCUAAGAAGGAGAAACUGACGGAGGAGCUCCGUGAGUCGAUGAAGAAGUCGCGCAAGGAGUCUGAGCUCACCACCGUCGACUCGCAGAUCCGCGGUCUCGAGUCACGACUCAAGUACGCGCUCUCCGACAGGGAUGCAACUCUCAAACAAAUCAAGACUCUUGAUAACGAGAUAGCGGAGUUGGAGCGCAAGAUGGAGAAUUUUGGGCCGCAAAUCGAGGAGAUCGAGCGUACUAUACGCUCGCGCGACGCCCGCAUCCAGGAGGUGAAGGAACGAAUGAACACCGUCGAGGACGUCGUAUUCAGCGCCUUCUGCAGCGACAUAGGCGUGUCCAACAUCAGACAAUACGAGGAGCGGGAGUUGCGCGCGCAGCAGGAGCGGGCGAAACGCCGGAUGGACUUUGACGCGCAGAUCGACCGUAUCGCGUCCAACCUGGAGUUCGAGCGGUCACGUGAUACGCAGAAGAACGUUACCCGCUGGGAGCGGACUGUCCAAGACGGGGAGGACGAGCUCGAGGCGUCGCGGCAGGCUGAGGCCAAGCAGCGUGCUGAGGUGGACCGCGAGCUGCGUCGCGCGGACGCACUUAAGGCGGACCGCGCGACCGCACGCGCGGCGCACGAGCGGGCGGAGGCGGACGUGGCGGCGGCGCGCAAGGACCUCGCCACCAUACAGAAGGACAUACAGAACGUGCAGAAACAGAUAGCCGCCAUAGAGGCGCGCAUCGAGAGCCGCCGCAGCGACAGACACAAUAUACUGCGGCAGUGCAAGAUCGACGACAUAAUAAUCCCACUGCUCGAGGGCAGUCUCGACGACACGGCGGACGACGGCUCCGAGCCCUCGUCGAUGUCGACGACGGCGCAGUACCAGCGCGAGGCGCGCAUCCGCGUCGACUACCGCGACCUCCCCGACGCGCUCAAGGAGUUAGACGAGCCCGACGAAGUCAAACGCAAGGCGGACAAGCUGCAGAAGGCGAUCAACUCGCUGCAGAAUACGGUCGACAAGAUACAGGCGCCGAAUAUGCGGGCGAUGCAGAAGCUGAACGAGGUGCGUGAGAAGGUGAACGCCACCAACGAGGCGUUCGUGAUGGCCCGCAAGCGCGCGCACAAGGCCAAGCUCGCCUUCGAGAAGGUAAAGAAAGAACGGCACGACAAGUUUAUGGACUGUUUCGAGCACGUCGCAAAUGAAAUCGAUGCUAUCUACAAGGCGCUGGCGAUGAACCAGUCGGCGCAGGCGUUCCUCGGGCCCGAGAACCCGGAGGAACCGUACCUGGACGGCGUCAACUACAACUGCGUGGCGCCCGGCAAGCGCUUCCAGCCGAUGUCCAACCUUAGCGGUGGGGAGAAGACGGUGGCGGCGCUCGCGCUGCUCUUCGCCAUACACAGCUACCAGCCGGCGCCAUUCUUCCUGCUGGACGAGAUCGACGCGGCGCUGGACAACACGAACAUCGGCAAGGUGGCGUCGUUCAUCCGCUCCAAGAAGGGCAGCCUGCAGACCAUCGUCAUCUCGCUCAAGGAGGAGUUCUACGGGUGCGCCGACGCGCUCGUCGGGAUAUGCUCGGAGCCGGCCGACUGCCUCGUCAGUGACGUCAUCACACUCAGUCUGGAGAACUAUAACGAUUGAGCGCGCAAACAUUCACUACAAUAAGUUAUUGUUAUUUCACUAUAAGUAAUUAAUUGUGACCUAAACGCCAAUUUUCGUAUUUAACUUUCAGUUUACCUUCAAUUGCUUAUAAAUCGCCUUGAGAUUUACUUGAAUCUCAAGAAAAUCUCAAGACUUGAAAUGAACACUACGUUUAGAAGUUGGCACGCAAUUUGCGUUGUCAAAUUAAUGUUAAACGCAUUUUUAAUUGGUCCAAACCCCCAUAUAUUUUCUAAGUGUAUCAUCUCAAGAAAGUCUAAGAUUCAAUUAAGAUCAAUUUGAGUAUAUUCAGUAUUGUCUUAAAAGUUAAAUAUCAGAAUAGACGUUACAAAUGUAAACAAAGUUCUACCUUCGACGCAGACGGAUUUUGUUUAUAUUUAUAUAGAUUUAGAUAAUUACAUUUAUAAUAUGACAUUCUUGAUACAAUAUUAGUUAAUAUAAUAUCAUAAUUUAGGUUUUGUAUGCUGGCGUUUUUAUUUAUACCCUCUUGCUAAUAAAGAUAUUUUUCGCUGACUUUGUAUGUUAUGUGAGUCUUCCAAAGUAGCAGACCUUGCAUAGUUCGCUGUGUGAAUAUUUUAGUAGUAUAGACUAAAGAUACCCUUUUUACAUUACGAUAACCUUUUUCAGUAAUUUUAAAUAACAUAAUAGAGGAAUUAAUGAAAAAUAAACGCAAUACUGUAGAGCUCUUUAUUUACAAUAAACCUCUGUAUUUUACAAUAUAAUAUUACAUUAUAUUAAUAAAUAAUAACGGUCCGCGACGUCGGUCGUCACAUUUAUCUUUUGUUUAGUAACAUGUCGAAAUUAAAAAUAGAAAAACCCGGAAGCUUGGUCAAAACAAAGUCCAGAAAAAAAAACUAAAUUAAAUAGACACAUCAUAGUCAUUUUAUAGAGCACCAAAGUGAGAUCUCAACAUACAUCUGGGUUUUUUCUUUUUGCAGUGAAUCGUAUAAUAUAUCAAUGCAGAUAUUUUACUACAUUUUUAAUGAAAGUAAGCCCAUUUCGACCUGAACACGAUAUCUCAUUGAAAGAGAAAGAAAGAAAGAAACAAACUUAUUUGGUAAACAAUACAAACAAAACUAAACAAUUAAAAAACAUUUCAACACCUUUACCAAAUAGGUGCUUACUCAGCAUGUGUUGCGACCGUAGUCGCAACGCUGGUUUUCAGUUGUAAGUAAAAACCAGGUAACCAGGUAAACUGUUUACAGUUAAGUUUUCAUUGUAAGCUCAACUGUGUAGUUUAGUGAGGGACCGACGUGCGAAACUUAUCUAGUUUCAUCAUCAUCACUCGCCUUGUUGACAACUCGUAUUACCCUAACUACAUCACAUACUAUAUUAACAUUUAUAUGUGGAGCAUCACCAAACUAGAAUCAAACUUGAAAAAACUAAAAAGCAAACCGGGACUCGAAAUUCUGUUAUACAGUUUGGCAGAUAUAAAUCUUAUUUAGAGCGGUAUUUUGUUUUUCUGGAUUAACACUUUUUCAUUCAUUUUAUUUUUAGGCAAAAUAGGCUGUAAUAUUUAGAACUGACCGAAAGUACAAAAUAUAAGGCAAAGAAGUAAUUUAAAAUAAUAUGAAAUAUUUGAACAGCAUAAUGUCAAUUUAGGUUAGGUAGAUUUUACAUAACAGUAAGCUCAUUAGAUAAAAUAUUAAAUAACAAUAUAAUAAUAUUAUAUACGUUACUAUAAUUAUCAACAUACAUAUUAAUAUAGCCGGUCACCAAACAUCCAGAAGCGGUACUUGUCUCUUUCAUUUAAACGCGACAAUUUCUAUAUCCCAUUCUUAGACUUAUGGGUGUUAUUUUAGAGAAGUCAUAGGUCAACGUCAAAUUUCUACGAGUUCGGUGACCGGGCUAUAGCAAAUACUUAUUCUAGUACCGGUUUUUAACUUGAACAAGACUCAAGUUUUCUGUACAUUAAGCUGUAUUAUUAAUAAACC